AUGGUUGUCUACUACCAGAUUGCCGGCAAGCAGGUCGGCUCCCACGUCCUCGCCAUGGGCGUCAUGGGCACCCUGUUCGGUGGUAUCUACCUCUCCACUCGCGGUGGUGGUCAGAAGAAGCAGGCUACUCCUCCCAUUCAGGCCUCUUCCAAGGACGAGGAGAAGUUCAUCCAGUAUGUUUGCGUCCACCCUAGACAUAUGUUGUCCAACGUUGCUGUUCCAAUGACCCCCAACAAUCUCCAAUGA